AUGGGGGCGGCCUUGUUUCGCGCACUGCAGUCCCUGCGCGCUGCAUUGGAGGGCUGCGCUCGGGACCUGGGUACACACGAUGGCCGGCUACGUGGCACGGGUGCGCUGCUGGUCGGACCAGAACGCUUCGAGCGUCAGGAUACACUCACAGUGGUGAGCGACACCAAAGCCAGCCUUGUACAGUUGGAGCAGGCCUUGGCUGACUUGCGGCGGCAGCUGGACCAACAGGUCACAAGCUUACCAAAUGAUUGGCUAAAAAAGGCCAACACAGACACUGCCAAACCAGAGCUUACCAACAAGAGUUUGAAAGCCAGCGGGGUGCACCCUCGCGAUGGCCCGAUGGCUACCAAUGUCGGCCGUGAGGACCCCACCCCUGCUAGUUCGAGUGAUGGGGCAUCGGAUAUGACCCCUUCUCCGGCCAUGAGUCAGGCCUUGGCGCAGCAGGUGCGUCAAUUUCGCACCGAGCUGCACGACAUGGCCCGUGAGGUGGACCAAGCACAGGAUACCCUGUAUGAGCUGGCAAGCAUGCAGUCGCGCUUGAUGGGCAAGCUGCAGGAGCAGGAUGUCACAAUUGAGCAGAUCCAGCAGGAUGCGGAAACGACUCUCCACAACGUCGAUCGGGGCAACGAGGAGCUGACUGAGGCCAUUCGCUACAAUCGCGACUUUCGCCAGGGCGUUCUCCUUUUUUUCAUCAUUCUCUCCCUGUGCCUGCUGUUUUUUGACUACCUCAGUGGCUAG